GUUAUUCUUGGUGAGAAUUUGACCUCAAAUUGUCCAGAGGUUAUCUAUGAAAUUAAAGAAGAAACACCUGUUUUUUACAAACUCGUUCCGCAUCCUGAGAAGAAUAGCUACAUCUAUCUAACAGCUGGAAAAGAGGUGAGGAGAGUUCGAGUUGCAAACUGCAAUAAGCACAAGUCCUGUUCGGAGUGCCUCACAGCGGCGGACCCUCACUGCGGCUGGUGCCAUUCGCUACAGAGGUGUACUUUUAAAGAUGAUUGUGUACAUUCAGAGAACUCAGAAAACUGGCUGGAUAUUUCAUCAGGAGCUAAAAUGUGCCCCCAAAUCCACAUCUCUCAAAGAAGUAAAGAUAAGAUUACAGUGACAUUAGUGGGAAGCAUCACUCCAAGACACUCGGGGUGCAUGGUGAAGAACGUGGACACUGGCAGGGAGCUCUGCAAAAGUGCGCCCAAUGAGAGCUGCACCUGCAGCAUGCUGACCGCAGCAUCCUACAAAGAUGUUUUAGUUGUCGACGUGACGUUCUCCUUCGGUUCUUGGCAUUUAUCAAAAAGAUUCAACUUUACCAACUGCUCGUCAUUAAGAGAAUGCCCAGCGUGUAUUGGAACUGGCUGUGCUUGGUGUAAAAGUGAGAGAAAGUGUAUCCACCCCUUCACGGCCUGCAGCCCUUCUGAUUACAACAGAAACCAGGAACCUUGUCAAGUUGCUGUUGAGAAGCCGGCACCAUCCAAGACAGCAGGAGGAGGCGGGUUCGAGGGGAAUAAGACGAACAGAACCAACCAGGGCAGGCAGGUCUUCUCUGUUAAGUCCAUUGAGCCACAGAAAAUAUCAACCUUAGGGAAAAGUAACGUGAUAGUCACAGGAGCAAACUUCACGCGGGCGUCUGAUAACAUCGUCAUGAUCCUGAAAGGAACCAGUACUUGUGAUAAGGAUGUAGUACGGGUGAGCCACGUGCUAAAUGACACCCACAUGAAAUUCUCCCUGCCAUCAAGCCGGAAAGAGAUGAAGGAUGUGUGUAUCCAGUUCGACGGCGGGAACUGUUCUUCCGUGGGGUCCUUGUCUUACAUUGCUCUGCCGCGCUGUUCCCUCAUCUAUCCUGCUACCACCUGGACCAGUGGUGGUCAAAAUAUAACCAUCAUGGGCAGAAAUUUUGAUGUAAUUGACAACUUAAUCAUUUCACAUGAGUUAAAAGGAAACAUAAACGUCUCUGAACAGUGCGUGGCGACUUACUGCAGUUUCUUAGCACCCAGUUUAAAGAGUUCAAAAGUGCGUACAAAUGUGACUGUGAAGCUGAAAGUUCAGGAGACCUACUUGGAUUGUGGAAGCUUGCAGUACCUCGAGGACCCCAGGUUUACAGGGUAUCGGGUUGACCCCGAGGUGGACACAGAAUUGGAAGUAAAAAUUCUGAAAGAAAAUGACAACUUCAACAUUUCCAAGAAAGACAUUGAAAUUACUCUCUUCCAUGGGGAAAAUAAGCAGUUAAAUUGCAGCUUUGAAAACAUUACUCGAAAUCAAGAUCUCACCACCAUCCUCUGCAAAAUUAAAGGCAUCAGAGCUGCAAGCAGCAUUGCCUCCUCGUCCAAGAAAGUUCACGUCAAACUGGGAAACUUGGAGUUCGAUGUCGAGAAGGAAUCAGUUGCUUCCCCUCUGUACUUUCUGAUUGGCCUUCCCAUCUUGCUCGUCAUGGUCAUCUUUGCAGUGGCCGUGGGGGUGACCAGACACAAGUCGAAAGAGCUGAGUCGCAAGCAGAGCCAACAGCUGGAGCUGCUGGAGAGCGAGCUCCGGAAGGAGAUCCGAGACGGCUUUGCUGAGCUGCAGAUGGAUAAAUUGGAUGUGGUUGAUAGUUUUGGAACUGUUCCCUUCCUUGACUACAAACAUUUUGCUCUGAGAACUUUCUUCCCCGAGUCAGGUGGCUUCACACACAUCUUCACUGAAGAUAUGCAUAACAGAGAUGCCAAUGACAAGAAUGAGAGACUCACAGCUUUGGAUGCCCUAAUUUGUAAUAAAAGUUUCCUUGUUACUGUCAUCCACACCCUUGAAAAACAGAAGAAUUUUUCAGUGAAGGACAGGUGUCUGUUUGCCUCCUUCUUAACCAUCGCACUGCAAACCAAGCUGGUCUAUCUGACCAGCAUCCUGGAGGUACUGACCAGGGACCUGAUGGAACAGUCCAGUAACAUGCAGCCUAAACUCAUGCUGAGGCGCACUGAGUCCGUGGUUGAAAAACUCCUCACAAACUGGAUGUCCGUCUGCCUUUCUGGCUUCCUGCGGGAGACGGUUGGAGAGCCGUUCUAUUUGUUGGUGACGACUUUAAACCAGAAAAUAAACAAGGGUCCCGUAGAUGUGAUCACGUGCAAAGCCCUGUACACCCUUAACGAAGACUGGCUGCUGUGGCAGGUCCCGGAAUUCAGCACUGUGGCGUUAAACGUCGUCUUUGAAAAGAUCCCGGAAAACGACAGUGCAGAUGUCUGUCGGAAUAUUUCAGUCAAUGUUCUUGAUUGUGAUACUAUAGGCCAAGCCAAAGAAAAGAUUUUCCAAGCAUUCCUCAGCAAAAACGGCUCUCCUUAUGGACUUCAGCUGAAUGAGAUUUGUCUUGAGCUUCAGGUGGGCACGCGGCAGAAAGAACUCCUGGACAUCGACGGCUCCUCCGUGAUCCUGGAAGACGGAAUCACCAAGCUAAACACCAUCGGCCACUACGAGAUAUCAAAUGGAUCCACUAUAAAAGUCUUUAAGAAGAUAGCAAAUUUUACUUCAGAUGUGGAAUACUCGGAUGACCACUGCCAUUUGAUUUUACCAGAUUCGGAAGCAUUCCAGGACGUGCAAGGAAAGAGACAUCGAGGGAAGCACAAGUUCAAAGUAAAAGAAAUGUAUCUGACAAAGCUGCUGUCGACCAAGGUGGCAAUCCACUCUGUGCUUGAAAAACUUUUUAGAAGCAUUUGGAGUUUACCUAACAGCAGAGCCCCGUUUGCUAUAAAGUACUUUUUUGACUUUUUGGACGCCCAGGCUGAAAACAAGAAAAUCACCGAUCCUGAUGUCGUACAUAUUUGGAAAACAAACAGCCUUCCUCUUCGCUUUUGGGUCAACAUCCUGAAGAACCCCCAGUUCGUCUUUGACAUUAAGAAGACGCCGCACAUAGAUGGCUGUCUGUCAGUGAUCGCCCAGGCAUUCAUGGACGCGUUUUCUCUCACGGAGCAGCAACUCGGGAAGGAAGCACCAACUAAUAAACUUCUCUAUGCCAAGGAUAUCCCAACCUACAAAGAGGAAGUAAAAUCUUAUUACAAAGCAAUCAGGGAUUUGCCUCCAUUGUCACCUUCAGAAAUGGAAGAAUUCUUAACUCAGGAAUCUAAGAAACAUGAAAAUGAAUUUAAUGAAGAAGUGGCCUUGACAGAAAUCUACAAAUACAUCGUAAAAUAUUUUGAUGAGAUUCUAAAUAAACUAGAAAGAGAACGAGGGCUGGAAGAAGCUCAGAAACAACUCUUGCAUGUAAAAGUCUUAUUUGAUGAAAAGAAGAAAUGCAAGUGGAUGUGAGCACUGGCUUAAUCUGGCAAAGUUCUUCAGACGACCUGGGAGCAAAAUGGCUGCUUGAGCUACUCUGUGUCGUUAAUUUUUUAAGUUUGCACAUAGGUUCCACUCUGAGCACUGUCUGUAAGAGACCAAGGCACAUGCACAGCUUUUAGAAAGCAUACCAACUAUUGUGCCUGUGUGUGUACAGGGAACCCUUCUGUAAAUAGAGCUGAAGUGGUUGUUGCAAACAGCCUCCUUGUUUACAGAGAAUACGGGGCCAGUAAGCAAGUGUCAGUAUUGUAACUCAGUCUCCACUUAAGCACAAUGAUACAAGUGGUUUUGUUUGAAAACUAGUUAUGUACCACUUGUGACUACACUGCAGCUCUGCAGAAAAGGGACGCUGCCAGUGAUUGAAACAGAAUGUGAAAGUACAUUGGAAACAAGGUGGAGGUGUUAGGGCAACCUGGAAGGUUCGCAGCAUUGAAACUUUCCCCGGUAGUUCUUGGAAAAGCUGGCUGCAGAAUUUGGUAGUGUGUACACUUAGCAUUUGUGAGUGUGUGUGCGUGUGUGUUUUUAAACCAAAAACUAACAGUGUUGCAACAUUGUUGAAAGGGCUGUGUUUUUCAGUGGUCACUCCAUCCACCUCGCCUCCAUUUCACUAAGGGACUCUAAAGCAAGGAGCAACAGGCUUCAUGGAAAUGCAACAGCAUUUUACCCAGACACUUUGUCUCAUUUUAUUUUUUGCAAACUAAAUGUAUUUGAUGGUGGACAUGGUGGAUGUUUAAGAAAAAUCAUUAGUUAACUUCGAUCAGAUCUGUGGAAGAGUAACUCACUCCCCUAAUCCUACAGUUCUAUCCUAGUGUCUCCUUGCUUUAGAGUUCUAGUGAACCCUGUGGUUAUAAAUACUUGUGUGUGAUUCAAAAAAAAAAAAAGAAAAGAUACAUUUUACAUUUCAUGAAAUUGCUGUUCACACUGGAGUAUUAUAUAUGAAUAUAUAUAUAUUUGAGGCCCAAGGCCUGAAAAAUAUUAGUAUAAAACUUGGUAUCUUAGUCUUACUAUGUACUUUUUGAAAGUAUUCCUCACAAGAGAAAGAAUUAAAAAUACUUAUUUUAUCCAUGCCUUUCUUUUUAAAGAAUUCCUAUCCAGUUUACACUGUAGUCUUUUUAUUGAUGAUUUCUAUUCCUGAAUUUUUGCUGCUUAUGACCAAUUUUAAUACCACUGUGUUUUCCUCCUAGUCAGUCAGAAGGAAAGUGUAAUUGGCAACUCUCAGACUUUCCUUGGGGCACCUUCUACCCUUGGUGCUCCACUUCCCAGACUGAGGAAAGGCAUUUCUUCACUUAGCAAAUACAACAUUGAUCACACAUUCCUUAAAAUCACUUGCCAACACUGUAUGGGAUAUCAGGAUUAACUGUGAAUUUGUCUUAGAUAAAUGCAAUUUCUCUUGCUCCUCAAUAUCUGGUAAAGAGUCAGAGGUGACAACUCAACAAACUGUCAGAGAAAAUAAGCAGUUAUUGCCCUGACAGGUACCUUCCCAAUCCGUCGCUUUUCGCCAUUGUCUGUUCAAUGGACACACCUCAAAAAACUACCAAAUAGGUUACUUACAAGUAUUAAGGUGAGAGGUCUGGCCCCUAUCUAAGGCUGCUACAGUCUUGAUGUGAAAGCGUCUGUAAGAGAACAGUAGCAGGAGAGUUGAGAGCCAACGGUAGGAGAGUUGCCCAAAAGACUUCCCCUUCUUUAGGGUACAGAAAUGCUAAGGAAACUCAAAGGAACAGCUACAGCUUUCUCUGACUACUUAGUGAAAGCUCCAUGAGGAUGUCCCUGUCCAGCUCUGUGGUGCGAGUCCUGUGUGGAGACUCACCUCCGCUUCCAGGAACUGCUGCUGGGAACUUUGGGCAAGUCACUUACCUCUUUGUGCCUCAAUUUCUGUAUAAUAUUUCUAUCCUACCUCACUGAGGUGGCGUGAAGAUUCACUAAUAUAUGUAGCGUGUUUGUCAAUCCUCCAGUGAAAAGCACUAUCUAGAUCACAUUUUUGGGUCCCAUUAGCCAAAUGCAGUAAAUGGCCAAAUUAGACAUGUGCUGGAGACAAUCAGUCACUGGAUCUACAUUAAACAGCAACAGAGAAACAAACUGCAAACAAUUUAUAUUUUUAAGUUUCUUUGACUAUUUUUUUUGGUGCAAAACCAUUUAUAAACUUUUUUUUCCUAACACUAGUGUCUACAGCAGCACUUAAAAAUUGUUACCUUUUCCGUAAUAGGGAUUUAGAGUCUAUUUCUUAUUGUAUACCUGAUUGAAGCUGUUCUUGGAGAUGAAUGUUUUAAAUGUCUAUAUCCAAAAAUAAACAUUUUGAUGUAAAUAUG